AUGCCCAGGGGACAAAAGAGCAAGGCCCGGGCUCGUGAGAAACGCCGCCAGACUAAAACGGAGUCCCAAGGGCUUGAGGGUACUCAGACCAAGGCAACAGAGAAAAGAGAGUCGCCCUCGUCCUCUGCUCGUGCUUCUGGAGAUGCUAUGGCAAGUACCGCUGCCGAUGUAUUUUCCAAGUUGUUUCAAGGAAUGCCUCAUGCCACUACUUUCAGUAUCUGCAUUGCCUGCAAAAAGUCUGAUAAAAGUGCCAAGAGCCGGCAGAAGAAAAAUAUGAGCUCCUCUAGGUCCCAACACUCCAGUAAGAGCCCACAGAAAGAUCUUAUAACAAGGAAGACAGGGAUGCUGAUUGCGUACAUGCUCAACAAGUACAAACAGAAAGAGCCCCUGUUGAGAGAAGAAAUGCUGAAUGUUGUCAACAAAAGCUUCAAGGAACAGUUCCCUGAGAUCCUCAAGAAAGCUUCCAACCGCAUGGAUCUGGUUUUUGGACUAGAGUUGAAAGAAGUUCCGCCCAGUGGUCAAUCCUAUGAGCUUGUCAGCAAGCUAGAUUUUGAGGAUGAUGGAAGUAGGAGCAGUGAGCUGGGUCUUCCCAACAGGGGCAUUCUGAUCCCUCUCCUAAGUGUGAUCUACUUAAAUGGCUACUGUGCCCCAGAGAAGGAGGUCUGGCACUUCCUGAGUAUGCUAGGAGUCCAUGAUGGAGUCCCACAUCUCAUCUUCGGGAAUAUCAGAAAGCUCAUCACUGAAGAUCUAGUACAGGAAAAAUACCUGGAAUACCAUCAGGUUCCUAGCAGUGAUCCUCCAUCCUAUGAGUUCCUGUGGGGGCCAAGAGCCUAUUCUGAAACCAACAAGAUGAAGGUGAUGGACUUUUUGGCCAACAUCAAUAAAACUGGCUCCUCUACCUACCCAUUCAGUUAUGAAGAAGCUUUGAAGAAAGAAGACAGAGCCCAGGCUGAAGGGGCAGCCCAGAGAAGCACUACAUGCAAGACCAAGAGACGUUCUAAAACCAAGUCGAGCUUUGCUACCUGCUAG